GACGUCUGGAAAACGAAACUGAAAUCUCCGAGUGGUUUCGAGGGAAAGCACUGGCACUCGCCUUCAGUGCUGGUAUUUAAAUAUCCGCACUUCAUUUUGCCAUUUGGAGAGCGACGCAAAUUCAACACAACGCAUCCAAAGCUUGACUACUUUUCCAGAGAUGGCUCAUCCCAAACCUCUGCUCAUCGAGUGGCUUCGGGAUCAGAUUAACAGCGGCAGUUAUCCUGGCGUCUGCUGGACCAACCAGCAGCAAACUGAAUUUUGCAUCCCUUGGAAGCACGCUUUGAGACAAGACUCUUCUGAGAGUGAUGUUCUCAUCUUCAAGAACUGGGCAAAAGUGAGCGGCAAAGGGAACAUCAACGGAGAUUCCUCAGUGUGGAAGAGAAACUUCCGCUCCGCGUUGCGAGCCAAAAAGUUCGAAUUGAUCUCGGACAACAAGAAUGACACCGCGAACCCUCACAAGGUGUAUCGCUGGCCGAAUGAGUCGACUUCAGAAGACAUGUUUUCCGCUGCAUCACCUAGCCAACAUGAGCCGGAUCCCCAUGAAAGUCCUCCCAUCCAAAGCUACGUUGUCCCAUUCACGGAUGAGGAUCUCUAUCAUCCAAUCCAAGAAUCCACCCCCCAUGAGGACAUUCUGCAAAAAUGUCUCACGGAUCUCAACAUUGGGCCUCAAGCAGAAGCGGCCGCCUAUGAGCCUCCUCCCGAGCAACAGGAGUUCCAGCGUCAGCCUGUGAUUGGCAGCGGUGUGUUGCCGUGGCAACAGUCGGAUCCAGUAGCGGUAGAGGAUGCGGUCAGCGAAGCUCGGUUCCCCGGGCAACCGGCGCAUCCGAUGGAGGGAGCUGUGGACGAGGCGUUCGAGGGCCAAUUAGCAAAGCAGUUUUUAGACGACAUUAAUAAAACCAAGGAUGGAGAUCAUUUCAAGACCCAAUUCCGGAUAAUCGUGCACUACAGAGGGAAGAAGGAGUUGGAGCAGCUGGUUGCCAACGAAGCUGGAUUCCGCUUAGUUUACAGGCCUGAACAGGCGUGGCCGGUGUUGGACCACAAAUCGGGCCUGACUCUGGUCUCCUUGCCGAGACCGGUCAACAUCAAGGAUCAAACACAAGCCAAGCUGACACAGUGCAUCCUGGACAAGCUGGGCGAGGGCUUGGACAUUGGCGUGUCGGGCGACGUCGUUUACGGCCAGAGACGAGGUGAAAGCAAAGCUUUUUGGAGCUUCUCAGAGUUUGACCAGAGUGGACUGCCACGGGAAAUUUCCAAACUGCACCCGGACCCGCUUUACCCAUUCAGCGACUUUCUCCGUGGAAUCCUGGACUUUAUAUCAAUUGAAGGGACAGCGUGUGGAUCCUGCUCCCUGUUCUUGUGCUUGGGUGAAAAAUGGCCUGACCCACAAAAGGGUCCUUUGUCCAAGAAACUCAUCACAGUGGAGGUGGUGCUCACAUCUUUGGAGCACUUGAAGAACAUGGCGAUGGAGGGCGGCGCGUCCUCUUUGAAAUCCGUCGACCUGCAAAUGUCGCUGGAAGAGAUGAUCCUAGGCUGAGGCCGGGCUUUUUUUUUUUUUUUUUUUUUAGGACACAUCAUGCUUUUAGGGUGUAUGUGAGGUUUACAUUUUUUCUUACCUUUCCUCAUGCCGCUGCAAAAAACUGCUUCGUGUGCAAACGCAAUGAAGGAGAAUGCCAGUCAUCCUGUUCUCAUCAUUUGUUUAAUCACUAUAACCACAUGUCAGUCUUCAUCAGAUGAAAAAUGACUUUCAAUAUAUUAACACAUAAUUCUGACUAGUUAUGAAAUGAGAAGAUGCAUCUAAAACCACAAAAAUCACAACAUCUGUCAUUUUCAUUCAACAGCUUUUGCACUAAUAGUGUGAAUGAGAUGUUUCCUAUGUGUCUUACCUGGAGAAAAUUUGGAAAACAAUUCCAUAAAUGUCUAAAUAAAUAAUAAAGGUUUGUUCUUCUAAAGGGAAGGAAAAUGUCUAAAAACAGAA